GAAAAAAGGGAAAUAAAUUUGUUUGCUUGCAUCCAAAUUGCACCCUCUACAGGGCUCAUCAACGCUCACACACAACAUGCCAAAAAGUGGUGAUUGUAGCUUCGGUGGAUCUUAGCUCAGAAUAGUUCAGUGGACAGAGGAGGUGAUGAUCACGGGAAUUGGUCUGUGAGAAAAGCAGAAUAUAGUAUUAUGCUCAGAGUAGUAUAAGUAUUCUUAGUUGUAGAGUUAUUAGAUCACACUUCUGUUCUCAGAAAGCCUCCUCUCUGCUCUGCAAUGGCUGCACAAAAGCUAUUCCUUGGCCUUGUUUUCUUUGCCCUAAUGUCUUGUUCUUGGUGUCUUGGACCAGAGAAGAACAUUGUAUUCUACAUGCACGACAUUGUGAGUAAACCCAACUCAACAGCUACAGUAGUUGCAGGAGUAAAUGGAACAUCCUCAAAUCUGUUGGGCUUUGGAACAGUGCUGGUUAUAGAUGAUCUUCUGACUGAGAAGCCUGAUCGCUCUUCCACUGUUGUGGGUAGGGCAAAAGGAUUGUAUUCUAACUCAGAUGUGAAGGGAGCUACCAUUUUUUUUGGGUUGUCUGUUGUGUUUGAGAACAAGGAAUAUAAUGGGAGCACACUUCAAAUCCAGGGCACAGAUCCCUUCAUGCAGAGCUCUGAAAAAGAGGUGUCUGUGGUGGGAGGAACAGGAAAGUUGAGGUAUGCUCGUGGUUAUGCUAUCAUUACUCUGCAAAGCUCCAGUGGAUUGGAUGGUAAUAUCAAAUUUAACACUACCUUUUGCAUUGGCUGAAUUUUGUCAUCAAUAUCCAUUUAGUAUGAUGUGCCUCUCUCUUGCUUGAGAUAUUAAAGCAAUGUAAUUCAGCUUUGUUCCUAGCAAAUGAAGUGAAUUUGUUUUGUUAAAUGGGCAAUGCCCAUCAAUGUGUAUUUAUUAUUUCAGUUUUUUAAAAAUAGAUCUGGGUCUUUAUUUUUAGAA